ACAAAAAUAAUCAAGAAAUGGGAAUAAUAUGGUCGAUCUUCUCAAAGCCAAAGCCACAUAAUAACAACAACGAAGACAUACAAAAACAUGCAGACUCUCCUCUUUCUCUUGAUACGACGUCGUCUCCUCAGGUCGACGAUGACGUUUCCUUGAAGCACAAGACAGAGAAGAACUUGAUAGAGGAAGAUGAGGUUAAAGCGAAGAAAAACUGUUUCAUGUUGUACGCGAGAGAUCUCUCAAUUACAUGGGCAGAGUCUCAGACAAAUAAACAUUGGAGUUGGUUCUCUGAUCUUGACCAAACAUCCAGAACUGAGGUUGCAAAGAUGGAACGAGUAGCUUGGUUAGAAGUGGUCGGAAACUUUGAAACGGAGAAACUAAAUUCCAACAGUUUGUACGAGGUUGUGUUUGUGGUUAAGAUAAUAGAUUCUGCGAAAGGAUGGGAUUUUCGGGUUAACUUUAAACUGGUUUUGCCAACCGGAGAAACCAAAGAGCGGCGAGAGAAUGUGAAUCUGUUAGAAAGGAACCGGUGGGUGGAGAUUCCGGCCGGUGAGUUCAUGACAUCACCAGAACAUCUUUCCGGCAAGAUUGAGUUUUCGAUGUUGGAGGUUAAAAGUGGACAGUGGAAGUCGGGUCUGAUUUUGAAAGGUGUUUCUAUUAGACCCAAGAAUUAAAAUAGAAUCUGUUAAUGUUA